AUGUCUGGAGGUAACAAGUUUUUACAUAUUUGCUAUACAUCGUAUCAUUGUUAUGAGUAUCGAAAAUCAUUUAGAUGUAAGCAAAGAAAUAAAGAAUCGCCAGAAGAAAGAGAAAAAUUGAAUAAGGAAGAUAAAGUUCCGAUUUGUGAUUUGUGUAAAAUAAAACAUUUUAGAUGUAAAGGAAAAAAAUGUAAGAUGUGUUGUAAAAAGAAUGAUUGUAGUACAUAUCCUUGUAAUUAUUGUGUAGAAAAUGAUCUUGAAUGUAAAUAUACUAUUAUACAGAGUGAUGAAGAAUUUAAAAAAUUUAAAAAGAAAGGAAUGAUAUAUUUUGGUGGACAACUUGAGAAUACUAAGAAUGGAAAAGUUCAUGUUCAGGGAUAUU